AUGUCGCUGUCUGAAAAGGUCGAAGGCCUCUGCCGCAAUCCUCAUAGUGUCUCCCAGGCGCUUGCCGAGAACCCCUCAUUGUCACCUGGCGAAGCUGCAAAGAAGCUUUACCACCCUGAUAACAUCUCAAUUAGCGAGGGACAUGUGCCUUCUGUGCGAAAGCCCGCGACUGGAGAGGAACUCGAGCGCGCAUUGCAAUGCGGAAAGUUCACCACACCACCAAGCGAGUUGUUCUUGCGCGUGUUCCAUGACAGCUUGAUGCCACUCGAACAUGAUCCCCUCAUGGACAAGGAGGUUCUGCUUGCAACAAACUACUGGAUGGACUCUGAUGCUUCACGACUCAUCACUGACAGUCUUAAAGAGCUCUCGAGACGUGCCGGCGAAAGAGGCGUACGAGCAGUCGUGAAGAUCAUGUAUGACAGAGGAAACGUCAAGCAGGUUAUGGACAACCACCAAGCGGUAUUGGANAAAGAGUACACUGGCAAAAACAUCCGCCUGCCAUCUGUCCAAGAAGCUCCUCAUCUUGACAUGCAAGUCUUGAAUUAUCACAGACCGAUGCUGGGCACUUUCCACUCCAAGUUCAUGGUUGUGGAUAGGAAGAUCGGCCCUAUUGUUGACUCUCUGUACGACACUUUCUUGAUCUCCUGGCACAAUCCGCUGGACCCGCCUCUACCAUCAUUCGACACACCAGCAGCUCAAGGUGGUCUGCCAGCAUUCGACCAACCCUCUUUCCGUGGCAUGUUUGACGCAAAUGGCAACCUUAACGUCCCGGAACGCGGCAACAGUCGUUCGCUGGAUCAAGUUGCAGAGGACGGAAAACGUAAGGAACUGCUACUUCAUGCUCCAGGAGAUCCCCACUAUGAUGUAGACAUUGCAGCUGAGGUGACUCGUAUGCAAUCUGUCAUGUCACCCCGAAAUGGCGAGACUGGUCCGGAAGUUGCAGCUCGUCAUCUAAAUCGUGGCCGGCGUCUGGAUGUCAAGGCAACGAUCGAGGGUGACUAUGCUCCAGGCGAGGAGAUGACACCCUACAUCCCACAUAAGGUGCAUGAGCUCGUUCCGAUGGCAGUUGUUAACCGUAAACCAUACGGUGCAACCAACCACAAUGGCGUGUUCAUGCCACAGAACGAGGCAUGGCUGUCUGCUGUACGCAACGCCACCCGCGAUGUCUUCAUCCAAACCCCCGAUCUUAACGCCGCACCCCUACUUCCCGAGCUUCUGGCCGCUGUGCGUCGCGGAGUUGAAGUGACAUACUACGUAUGUCUGGGCUACAACGAUGCAGGCGAGCUUCUUCCCUUCCAAGGAGGUCAUAAUGAAGGCGUAGCGAACAAGCUGUACACAUCCCUCACCAAGGACGAAGUCGCAGCACGUAACCUCCUAAACAUCCACUACUACACCGCCAAGGACCAGGUCGCUCCUAUCCACGACAGCUUCAAACAGCGCUCCUGCCACGUCAAACUCAUGAUUGUAGACGGACAUCUCGGUAUCAUGGGCAAUGGCAAUCAAGACACGCAAUCUUGGUACCACAGCCAGGAAGUCAACAUCAUGGUCGACAGUGCUGAAAUUGUCGGCAAGUGGCGCGAGGGUGUCGAAAGAAACCAGAACACUGGCAAGCUGGGCAAAGCUAGCAAUGUAGAUGGUAUUUGGCGUGAUGCCGGUGGUAAUCAGGCACCAGGAGCCAUUGGUGUGGAUGCCGGAAAGAUGAGUUGGGCGAAGGGCAUCGUGGGUGCUGUGCAGAGAGUCAGAGGUGCUGGAGGUUUCUAA